AAGGGGUUUUACCCGAGAAAAGCUGACUCGUACAGUCGUACUUCGAAUAUCGCAGUCGGGCGAGGGCUUGUGAGUCCCAUCUCGGGACGAUGUCAAGUCACUGAAUCGUCUUGCCAAACGUUGUUCUCAAAUGGCAGGGUGGAACAUUGCCAGGGUUCUCGUAGUUGAUUGAUUCCUUCACCAUCCCAGUUCCUCUACUUCACUCCCUCUCGCACUUGCUGUAAACCCUAGCUUCGCAACUAUCAUUUUCUUCAGGGCCUCGAGGGAAGUGAGAACCGAUAGAGUGAGAAAGAUAGGAUGGGAGGUCCUCUUGGUGCAAUCAUAGGGAGGUACCCGACAUCCGCCGCGCACCCCAAUGGGGAUCCUCAGCAGCAAAGUGGCAUCAUUAAUCACAACAGGAAAUGCAGGGACGUGGUCUUCCUCAUCAUCUUUAUCGCCUUCUGGGUUGCCAUGAUUGUUAAUUCUAGCUUUGGUUUCAAUCAAGGCAAUCCUUUGAGGCUUGUCUAUGGACUUGAUUACAAGGGAAAUGUCUGUGGGGAUAAGCAUGCGGAGCCAAAUCUCCGAGAACUGGAAGUUAGAUACUGGGUAAAUCCAAAUCAAGUGUAUGAGAGCAGUUUGCCGGAAACAAAAUUCAAAGUCUCAGAUGCACGUGCCGUCUGCUUGAUGGAGUGCCCUAUUCCAUCAGAAGAUUCACUCAAUUGGGUGUGUGACUACCCUGAUGGGGAUAUUCGCCUCACCGUGGAUGACUGGAUAGAUAGAAAUUAUGAUUACUUUGAAUUUCUCACUCCAUCUAUGAGGAAUAGUUCUCUUCAGCUUCAGGGUCCUUGUUACCCUGUCAUAUUCCCUAGUAUUAAUGUAUUCUGGAGCUGCCAGUUAAUAUCACGUGCUUCAAAUGAGUCUUUAAGGCAGUGGAAGCAGAUGGGUGGAGUAAAUAUCAACGAGCAGAGACUCAUGGAACAGUCUGUUCAUGGUGUCAUCAAUUCCCCAUCAGCUGUGUUGAAGAGGUAUGUGGCUGAUAUUGGCAAAGCCUGGCCUGUCCUGGUUGUUUGUGGAGGGAUACUGCCUUUGUUUUUGUCAGUUAUUUGGCUAUUCAUGGUUCGUCAUUUUGUUGCUGUAAUGACAUGGGUCACUGUGAUUUUAUUCAACAUUCUUGUAGUAUCGGUCACAAUGUUCUUCUAUAUGAAAGCUGGGUGGAUUGGAAAUGAUGCAAUCUCGCCAGUGGUUGGUGAACCUGAUCCAUAUAUCAGUAUUAGUGGAAGAGAGGUAAAUCACCUUCGAGCCACUGCCAUUCUGAUGACCGUAGUUAUGGUCAUUGCAGUUCUAUCCUCAAUAGCAAUUAUUCGCCGCAUUCUCAUGGCGACAUCUGUCCUAAAGGUUGCUUCCAAGGUUAUAGGAGAGGUUCAGGCUCUGAUUAUCUUCCCAAUCCUUCCAUACACUAUGCUAGUCAUCUUUUUCAUGUUUUGGUUCUCUGCUGCCCUUCAUCUCUUCAGUUCUGGGCAAGUUCUUCAGAAUAAUUGCAACAGUGAUUGCUGUUCUUAUGAUCUAAAGUUGAAUAGGGUAAAGUGUGAUGGUUGCUGUGGCUAUAGUGUUCAUUAUACUCCACAUAUUGCAGCAGCUAUCAUUUUUCACCUCUUUGGAUGUUAUUGGGCAACCCAGUUCUUCAUUGCUUUUUCAUCGACAGCAAUUGCAGGGUCUGUUGCUUCAUACUAUUGGGCAUCUGGUGAAACAUUGGAGAUUCCAUUUCUGCCAGUAGUUUCUUCAGUGAAGCGCCUUGUACGAUACAGCCUUGGCUCUGUUGCUCUUGGUUCACUUGUAGUGUCUGUUGUUGAAGCAGUUCGCUUCAUGUUGGAAUCAGUACGACGUAGGCUGAGACUAACUAAUCUUUCAGCAUUUAGCUGGAUCGGCAAAAUGCUAUCAUGUUCUUCCCAGUGCUGCCUUGGUUGUGUUGAAUGGACCAUCCAGUCUUUUAACCGCAAUGCUUACAUAAUGAUUGCUAUUACUGGUAAAAGUUUCUGCAAAGCCUCUGCAGUGGCAACAGAACUUAUCAUGAACAACAUACUCCGGAUAGGAAAAGUUAAUGUCACAGGAGAUGUUAUUCUAUUUCUUGGGAAGCUAUGUGUCAGCCUCAUUUCUGUCCUUUUUGCAUUUCUCAUGUUGGACACACACAAAUACAGAUCUGCGCAUAACAAGAUAUCCUCACCUCUGUUCCCUGUACUUAUCUGUUGGGGACUUGGAUAUGUUGUCGCAACACUUUUCUUUGGAGUAGUUGAGAUGGCAAUAGACACCAUCAUCCUCUCCUUCUGCCAGGAUGCUCAAGAGCACGAAGGAACAGCUCAGUACGCUCCCCCACUUCUGAUGGAGACCCUUAAUAACCAGGAGGAAAUGCAGAGACUCACUCAAUGAAUAGCUAAUAGGGAUCUUUAGCCACUGUUGGAGAAUGGUUUGAAGCUCAAUGCUAUUGAAAUUGGAGUAGAUUUAUUUUUCAUCUACUCCCAACACAUGUAGAGUUUGAUGAUUUUGGCAUUGCAGUUACAGGUCACCCUGUCAAGGGGUAUUGCGUGUGCAGGUCGCUCUCACAAUGGGGGUGCUAGUUAGGGCAAUAUAGAAGUUUCUCCAGCGUUGGCCUCUGCUGAAGAACUGGGCUUCGAACUCUCUAUUUUCGGAUUGGUGUCGAACAGGUGUAAAUUGACUUUGUCGCUUGUGGAAAGAAAAGGGUGUACGAGCAUAUACUUAA